AUGCUGAAUGAAUGGUUCACAUGUGAAAAGUGUCCGUUUAAAACCACAGUGAAAAACGGUUUGAAAAGACAUGCAGGUGCAGUUCACUUGAAAGAAGACAUUGUUCAACAGUAUAAAUGUAAAGAGUGUGAAUUCAAAACUACGAUUAGAAAGAAUUUAAGAAUGCACAACAAUAGAAAACAUUUAGACGAAAACAAGAUUAAAUGGUACGAAUGCGCGAAUUGUCCCUACAGAACUGUAUACCAGUCGCAUAUUAAACGUCACAUGAUUUGUGGACAUUUGGAUGACGAACAAAUCAAGUGGUUCGAAUGUGAAAAUUGCCAAUACAAAACAAAAAUCGCGUCGAAUUUAAGAAGUCAUAUGAUGUUUCGGCACUUGGACAAGGAAGAAGCGAAGUGGCACGAAUGUGCGAUCUGUUCGUAUAAAUGUAAAAUAAAGAGUAAAUUAAAGGAGCAUGCAAUUCUCCACCAUUCAGAUAUCAAAUCAUUCCAGUGCAAAUAUUGCUCAUAUAACAGUAAACUGGAAAGUUACUUAAAAAAACAUAUGAAGAACCGCCACUCAAUUGAAGAUGGUGUUAAAUGGUACAAGUGUAGGCAGUGUCCAUUUAAAACUAAUGAUAAAGUAGUUUUAGGAAGCCACUUAGAAGGACACGAUUCUGAAGUGUACACAUGUGAAAAGUGUCCAUUUAAAACCACAGUAAAAAACGGUUUGAAGACAUAUAGGUGCAGUUCACUUGAAAGAAGACUGUUAGAGCCUCUGGCGGGGACCUGUUUCACCCCUCCCCACCCGUAA